CCACUCGUCUAACCCUAACCCUAACACAAGCAACUGCAGCCGCCACAUCCUUCUUCACUUUCGGUAGCCACCGCCACCAUGGAAGUCCUCAUCCGCCGUUUGCGUCACCGACCCCCGACAACCCGGUUCCGCCUGCUGCCUCGUCGACGAACGCCAUCGUCCCACCACCUGAUGCCACCUGGAGAGCUGUGAACGGCCAAGAAUGAAGACGGAGCUGUGAAUGGAAAACACGAGUCAUGCACGAUCGAAAUGGUCACGAGAAGCAAGAUUACCCACCACCACCACCGUAGGGUGGUGGCUGUGUCGUCUUCAACCACCAUGUGCAACUGGUGGUGUCAUGUUCCUGGAGCGAGUGUGUGUGUUGUUGCUGAUCGGAAAAGCUCAAGGAGAAACCGCCAUGGCCGCCAUGGUGGUCGCCGCCACUCGCCACCGCCGACCACCGCAAGAUCGGGGAUCUGUCAUCCAGCAGCUGGGGUUAUGUCUACGGGACUUCACUAGUGUGAGGUGAUAGUAGCAGCAGGGGUGCAAUAGUCCCCAGUUACCGGUUGAAAGAUACAGAAGACGGUUACCGGUUGUAAGAUACCGAAGGGGUGGACAGAACUUAUGCAUGCAUAGCAAUAUGUUUAUGAUAUGUUAUUAUGUGACCAGUAUGGUUAUGAUAUGCCAGUAUGUGAUUCAGUAUGUUUAUGUUAUGUUAUCAUGGAACCAAUAUGUUUAUGACAUGUUAUUAUGUGAUAGUGAUAGGGGGUGAAAUAGUCCCCGGAUACCGGUUGAAAGAUAUCGAAGGGGAGGUUAGCUCCCAAUUACCGGUUGAAAGCAAUCGAAGGGGAGGUUAGUUCCCGAGUACCGAUUGAAAGAUACCGAAGGGGAGGUUAGCUCCCGAUUACCGGUUAAAAGAUAUCGAAGGGGAGGUUAGUUCUCGAGUACCGGUUGAAAGAUACCGAAGGGGAAUCCAACUCCCAGUUAUGGCAGAUUGAUACCGGUUGAAAGAUACCGAGAGAUAGGCAUUAUAUGGUAUGUGGUAUGAUGGGGGAACUCACUAAGCUUCGUGCUUACGGUUUUCAGUUUUGG